AAUAUGCGAGAUCGUUGCACGGAUUGAAGGUCACGACAAUAUCCUCUAAAUAUUUUCCUACAGGAAACGGUCUUGAUGUUAUGUCGUCUAUAAAAUACCAUAGCAGUGUUGCAACAGCUCUCAAUGAUGCGUGGUAAUCCGAGGUCGUUUUUCCGCGCCGACCUUCUCGCUUAUUCGUCUGCGUGGGGACGGCAUCAUCGAAACCAAGAUUUUCCCGAUACCAGUUAGUUUUACUUACGAGUUAUGGCUGCUUUAGACAAUUUAUCACCCCGGUUGGAAACGGAGAAGCUUCAGCAUAAUUCAAUCCACAGGCAGAUACAAGUAUUGAAGGACAAGAUUUCAGAUUUAAGCAGGACAAACUAUGAACUGGAAAAAGAGGUUCGCUUCUUCGAUCAACGUAUUGGACUUCUCAUCAACCACAAAAAAGGGAUAGAAGAAUUGACUGAUUAUUUUGUUGAAGGAGAGAGGAGCUCGAAGUGCGAAAAAAUAGAUAGUGAAACACAACAGCAGAAAUAUGGCAAUCUGUUUUUCCUCCUUCAAACAGAAGCCUCCUAUCUAGCACAGCUUACAAGAAUUGUUUCACUUGAUGAGAUUGAUGACCUUUUACAGCCUGUCUUGUUCUCACUGUAUGGCAAUCAGUAUGAGCUUCGCGAGGAAUAUCUGUUACUUACUAUGUUCCAGCUUGCUCUGAAGUAUGAAGUAAAUGAAUCUGAGACAUUUAACAGCCUUCUCCGGGCUAAUACAGCUAUCACGCGAAUGAUGACAACAUAUACAAGGAGAGGCCCAGGGCAGGAAUAUCUGAAGUCAACUCUAGGAGCUCUUGUCAGACAUGUUGUUGAUCAGGACCAUUUGCAACUUGAAAUUAAUCCUCUAAAGGUUUAUGUUGAAAUUUAUGGGUCUCCUGUGAAUUUGUCUUUUGGACAAUUGACCAUGGAACGGGCCUUGGAUGACCCAAGAGUUCAAGAGGUUAUACAAGAACGCAGUCGUUCGCUGAAAACAGUGGCAUCACAAUUUGUCUCUGCCAUCACAGGAUCGCUUCAUACAGUUCCUUAUGGAAUAAGAUGGCUGUGUAGCACUAUUGUGUACCUUGUUAAAGAGAAGUAUCCAAAUGUAUCAGACACUAAUAUUGCCUCUCUUAUUGGCGGAUUUUUCCUGUUGAGGUUCUUGAAUCCAGCAAUAGUAACACCAAAUGCUUACAUGCUUGUCAAUAAACCUGCAAGUCAGUGUGCACGAAGAAAUCUAACCUUGAUUGCAAAACUAUUACAAAGCAUGGCUAACCCUCAUGCCGUGAAGAAUCAUUUCAAAGAGGAAUAUAUGCAACCUUUACAGUCAUUUGCUACAGAACAUGUUGACGAUGUACAGGAUUUUUUGAUGAAAUUAUUUAAAUUCAAUGAGAUAACAGAUUUCUAUGAAACCUUAGAGAUUGAACAAUAUUUAUCGCUGUCAAAGGACAUUAAAAUUAGAAUCACCCCAAACGAAAUGUAUAGAAUUCAUGAACUAAUUCUCAAGCAUAAAGAGGAGCUGGCCCUAACUGAAGAUGAUCCACUGCACAUAAUUUUAGAUGAGUUAGGACCCCCUGGAAAACAGUUGAGUUACAGUAUGAAUGCUACAAUUUGCUUGACUCUCACUAACAGGUGGGAUCACAGCAAAGUUCUUAGAAGUGAAUCUUUCGAAAUGUUGGUUCCAAUUAAACCUCCAAUCGAAGAGAGAUCCACGAAAGAAGAGUUAAAAACACUCAGUGUGAAACUUUUUUCUCUGGAUGUGAAAUUUAUGGAAGAAAGAUCCCUGGUCAGUGCCCUCAAGCUAGCUAAGUCUAGUGUUGCUCCCUCUGAAGGAGAAACCAGUGAAUCGCGAUUCAGGAGAGAACAGGCAGCCAAACUCGCUGAUUGCAUAUUGCAGACAUACAAACAUACAAAAAGCAGUCGCGACAAGCUCAUUAAAGAUCCAGAUUUCCUACAGGAAGUGAAGCAGGAGGUCCAGCACAAGGUGUUGAGGUAUUUUAGACUGAAGCCCAAAGUCAACAGUCUAAGAGAAGUUUACGGGACUCUCCUCCAGCAAGAGUCUUAUCUGAAGGAUCAAUUGAGUGUUUACAAAGAAUAUUUGGCUGCAGUAAGAGCCAAGGCGGUCACGGGUUCAUCAAAGAGAGAGGUGAAUUAUGGGUAUGCCUCGGAAAGUGGUAACGCUCCUGUUAGCUUCAGUUACAGUCAGCUAGAAAAGGAAGGAGUGGCUGUAGAAGGUCAAAAAUUUCCCGAUAAGAGAAAAUCGGAAUUAGUAGUUCGUAUCACUUCGUCGCAGCCUGGUGUUUACCAAGUGUGCCUUCACAAUACAGGUGACUCGAGUGCGAGUUGCGAGGUUCACUUAAAUUUAGAAGAGUUGUUAGAACUACAACACCGACGCGAACAGGUCUUUCGUCUCAGUGAGUUUGUUUCGCUCGACGUGAGGCGCUUUGUAUCCCUUCUCCACAAGAAUUUCACGUCAACGUGAGUGUUCUUUCGUGCGAGUAAACAUUGUAUACACGCCAGAGUCAGGUUCCUGAUUAAUUUUCAGAGAGAUUAAAAAAUGCCUGUUGUCACUCAGGCUCUGGGAGGAAAAUUGGUUUACGGAAAGUGAUAGACACUAUGGCGAACAAAUGUUGGUGAUCACGACUAUAAUUUAAAUACUUGUUUGAAUCAAGCCGUAAUCGGACUAGAAAAAUUGUUUCCACUAAUUUUCCUAGCUUGUAUGAUGUAAUGAAGAUAUUUCAGCCGAGAAAAAAUAAUAUAUUUUGUCGUACAACUUGCCGCCUAGAAAAUUUUAUUUUUGUUUAAGACUUUUCGUAUUUACAUACGACAUUAACACCUUGCCAGCAUGGGAAAUUUUUC